AUGUUACCAUUUUCAUGGCUGUGUUUAAUUGCAGAGAGUGUUUUUGGCAAUAUGGCCUAUAAGAAAGAAAAAAAAAGAUUGUCUUACCAAAGAAAAACGAAGGGAUAUAAAAGUAUCAUGACUGGAAUAUGCCAAAUUGCUCCUAAUUCAUCUGAUGAAUACAAAAAUCUUUUAGUCAAGAUGAAAGAAAUGGAGAAAUCCAUGGUCGAUGUACGUGGUGAACUCACCACAAUGCAUAAAGCCAUUUGUGCUGGCUUUGGACAAGGAAAUGAAUCCCAGACAUCUGCUUCUGUUUCUCUUGAUAAUCCUUCUGUUGCUGCCAGUUCCAUUGUCAGAAUUCCUGCUGGUGUCGCUUCUGAAAUCAGCUGUGAAAACAAGGACAAAGUCUUUAAGUUGAUUCGAGGGUACAUGCGGAGGGACAAAUUUACUUCCAAUGAUCCUGCCCUUGUCAGUGCCAACGAGGCAAAGCCAAGGUGGGAAAUGAAUGUCUUCUUUAAUAGAAGCCCUAACAAGGAGAUCGUUGCCAAUCUUCUUGGUUACCUGCUCCCAAAGUUUGUUGGGCAGGAUAUAAAAACAAGCAAAUUCCAUACUAUGGUGCACACAAACUUCCAGAGCACAACUUGUAAGGACAGAGAAGAUCCUAUGGUGCGAGCUGCCACUAACACUCAUGGAAGACGAGCUGCAAGAGAAACUGAACACUUCAAUCGCUGCGUAAUGGCAUAUGUGUUAAACAAGGAUGUCAUUGAUGCUUUAAUGAAGAGAAACUGUUCUGGGAUGAUGAUCAGAUCAGCAAUGUCUGAAGGCGAGUCAGAGGAUGAGUUUCCUGGGAGACCUUGCAAGCGCAUUGUAAAGGUUACCCGUCCUUUUUGGAGAAGUGAUGAGUUUAACAACCUCAUCUUCAACAUUGAUGAGAUUGUGAAAGAAAACUUGGGUAACAACAUUCGCCAGUUGUUAGACAGAAACCUUGCCAGCCUGUCUGAGAAACCAGUUCCCGAUGACGUUGCGUUAUGUUUCCCUCCAUGGACCCUUAGAGAUGGACCACAAUAA